AUGACGCUCUACUCGGAUCCUCCAGCCCUCCGCGAAUUCAAGUACGACAAGCCGACAUUGCUUGUCUGCUGGUGGGCAACCUCGUUUUGCACCCUCAUUAUCCUGUUGCGACUGGCUGGUCGCUUUAUCCGAACCGAACGACUCUUUACCGAAGACCGUGUCGCCGCAUUAGCCCUGAUCCCAUUGUAUGCUCGCAUGGCAUGCGUCCACUAUAUCCUGAUAUACGGAACGAACAAUGCUCAAUUCGACGGCGUCGAGCUCACAGAUGAGCAAAUACGUCAAAAAUCCAUCGGAAGCGGCCUCGUGUUGGCCAGCCGGGUUUUCUACGCCGCAACUCUCUGGGUUCUCAAGACGGCCAUUCUCGAGUUUCUCCACCGAUUAACACGUGCCACGUGGGAACGAGCAUGGCAAACUUCUCUAUACGCCAUCCGAAUUAUCCUCGCAGUCACCUUCGUCGCAGUCGUCAUUAGCGAUCUCAUCGAAUGCCGUCCUUUCCACGCUUACUGGCAGGUGUUGCCCGACCCCGGUGGUCAAUGUCGCCAGGGCUAUGUGCAGCUUAUUACCAUGGCUGUAUGCAACGUUUUGACGGAUCUGCUGCUCGUCAUUUUCCCCAUCCCGAUCAUUGUGACAAGCGCAAUGACGCUCAAGAGAAAGUUACAGCUUGUGCUGCUUUUCUCUCUCAGUCUGUCCGUUGUGGGCGUUACUCUUUACCGAGUGCCGCACAUUAUCCAAGAAGAUGGCCGCCAGCAGUACCGAUCACUUCUCGCCUCAGUGGAGCUCCUGUUUGCUACGGCCGCGGCUAACUCACUAGUUCUGGGUUCCUUCAUGCGGGACCGAGGCUUGAAGAAGCAAAAGUUCCGACGAACCUCCGUGGCCGAAUCUCUGGAUCCCUCGCUCCAUCCCAGGCGCCCAACUCUUCACCGUCAUUGGGGAAGUGACGAGGACCUGGUCCGAGAUGUUGGCAUGACCGUUGACCCCGAACUUCGCGAUCAGCCAGACAACAACAGCGACAGCGGCAUCUUCCAAUACACUCCCGCUCCCAUCGCUCGGAAACUUGACCAAGAUCUUGAACGUUGGCAAUUCCCGCAGCGGCAGCGCAGCAAUGCAGAGCGAAGUGACGACUCUUUGUUACCGCAUGAUGCUCUCGCUCUCGCCCAAGCAAGGAGUGAUUCCGGUAUUACGCCAAGAAGGGUCUCAUUCUUUGAUGUUGGUGGGCUACUAGACACUCCCAGAGAAGGUAGCGGAAGCUUCCGUCAUGACAGCCGCGAUUCUUCCAACAAAGACGAAUCAACAUCAGAGCACACUCCUCCUGCGCCAUCAUUGCCGGCUAGCACAGGAGGAUUCCGCCGUGGCUCUACCGCGCUCCUGCAAGACCUCGGAGGGAUGUUUGGCCCUCUCAAUACGAGACAAGGCCGAUCCAAAUCCAAGUCUGGAGGUACUGAGCUGCAGCCAAUACCCCAGUCGCAAGAGACACGGUACAACGCCCACGGGAAGCCCGAGGCUGAGCUCAGGGAUCCAGGAGGUCUCCUGAGUUAG